AUGUCUCAGGCACUACACACCAGCUCUGCGAGGGUGAUGGACGGCUUAGACCUGCCCACUGUUUCCAUCGGGGACAUGUCUUCCAGCAGGAGCGAAAGCCUGGAGGACCUGUGCCCCUGGGUCCCUGACAGCCUGCUCGCCUGCCGCCCCGCACCCCUGACGACCAGCGUGCACACUGACCACUUCUACACUGUCUACCGGCCCUGGUUCUCGCCCUACAGCUACUUCAUGUGCACCAAACAACCCCUCCAGAAAUACCAGGGGAUCUCCGCCCACCUGGCCUUCGGCACCCCGGAGACGAAGGAGCCUGAUAACCUUUCAGAGACCAUCUGCUCCUCCCCUAACUCGUCGGACAAAGCCCAGCACCCCGAGAGGGAGAGGCAGGCCAGGGAUGAAACCAACAUCACGGUCCGGGACAUCCUCAACGCUUCCCAGCUGCAGCUGGUGAGCCAGCACGGCUACCAGUGCAUGUCGUGCUGCCGCAUCUUCCCCACGAUCUGGUCCAUCAGGACUCACAUCAAGCACAGCUCCCAGGAGGGCUACAGCUGCAAGGUGUACUACCGCAAGCUCAAGGCCCUGUGCGAGAAGGAGCUCAAGAAGCAGGAGGCUGCAGCCCGCAGGCUGCCCGCGUAG